CGUUGAAAGAGCGACCACAGCAUGCUGACUCACCUAAAUGAACGGUUACUUACUUCCUGUUCAACCCCUCCAGCCGUACACCUUAAUUAUUUCAAUUUUAUACAUACAUAUGUAGACAUUCUCAUGUCUUGUCAUACCAGAGAUGAGCCUAAGGUCCAUUUUAGGAGGCUCCAGCCGGGUUAAAAAGUCUACCAAAAGGUCCAACACAAAUCUAUCGAAUUCGACACCAUCAUCUUCAUCAUGGACUUCUUCAUUACCCCGUCGCAAACCAGGAGCCCAGCAUCAGAAGUUAUCUAAAGGGAAUCAACAAGAUGACGAUGACAAUGACGACCUUUUUGGUGACAAGCUCGACGAUUAUGGACUUGUUAGAGCCUUAGCCACCGAUCUAAACCUACGCGAUACCUCCCAGGCCAUCUUAUACUUGCGCCAGCACAUGUUUUCUCCCAUGCCUGAGCGGGCAGCUGGGAUGAAUUCUACACGAAUCGCAGAAGUGCUCAAUUAUCGAAAGCGCCUGCCUCCUAUCGUGACUAUCUCACAUAUACAAACCCUACUAUCGUCGCCGAGUGCGGCCGAGCGCGAGAUCGCAGAACUUGCCCGGGCAGGCUUCGUACGUAAGGUGGUUGUCGCUCGGCGGGGAGAUAUAGGAGAAACGGUGGUACUGGCUACGGACUUUGAGCAGAUGGUUAAGGAUUCUGCCGCGUUAGAUGAGGAUACAAAAGACAGAUUCAUAGCGUUUUUGAAAGAGAACCCGGGGACACAGAUGGUUAAGGGGGGCACGCUGAGUGCGUCGCAGAUCAGCCAGCUAGUCCGGGCUGGAUUUAUAACCUCUCAUCAUACGGGCCUAAUCCAUCAUGGGUCCAUGUCGCAUACUAUGAACCGGUACUCGCGGCCCGAGGACAAGAUAACGCUCACGUCCCUCGAAAGGAUCUCGCGCGAACCCACCGGUACACUUGGCGCGGUCGGGGGCGGUGGCGCCCUGCGCGAAGCCGGUGGUAGCGGCGGGGGAUCCCUCGGAGGAUCCAGACUCAGCGUCGCAACCCCGGAGCUCGAGCUCGCCGUGCCUGGAAACGGUACAUUCCUCAAGCUUCUCUCGUCAGCGCUCGAACAUUUCGUUUCGCUGUUGAGUAAGUCACAGUUCCACGAGGCGCCGGAGUCGGUGCUUCGCGAUCGCUGGGACGGCGGCGUGGCCAAAUCUGAGGCACGCUGCUCGGCGAAGCGGGCGCGAGGGGAGUUUGCGGGGUUAUUGCCCGGCCAGACCAAGAAGUGGAGGCAGUUCUAUGGAUUAUCCUUCGACUGGGUGUUGCAGGAGGCUGUCGGGUCCGGCUUGGUAGAGGUCUUUGAAACUCGGAGCGUUGGCCAUGGAGUUCGUGCUAUAUAACCGUUUCCUUGCAUGCCGAGUACUGCAAGGGUAUAUGCCUGCCUACAUAACGAACGUGGAUGUUUUUGUUCCAUUGCAUUAGGUAAUUUUUGCGAGAUGCAUUAUUACUGGAAACGUCACCGAAGCUAGCAUGCGUGAGUUUGUAAGGCUACGCUAUGAUCGAUGGAAUGAUUCUAGGCUUAAGUAAAUGUUUGGAAACACCAUGGAGAAAGGGAAUAUGAGACAUCUACAAGAUUCGAAUUCGGUGGCUUCUAUCAUGCCUUUUUGU